CAAUGGAGGCUUCCAACAACAUUCUCAUGUUUCCUUUCAUGGCACAAGGUCAUAUUAUCCCUUUCUUUGCUUUAUCUCUUCAACUCCAACAAAAAGGCUACCAAAUCACCUUCCUCAACACCCCUCUUAACAUCGCCAAUCUCCGCCGUCUUCUUCCUCCCUCCUCCGCUAUUCGCCUCCUUGAGAUCCCCUUCAACUCCUCCGAUCAUGGCCUUCCUCCUCACUCUGAGAACACCGAUUCACUCCCACCCAACCGUAUCUACGACCUCCUUGUCGCUUCCACCUCUCUCAAACCCGCCUUCACAAACAUUCUCAAGGGAUUCCUUGACGCCGGAGCUCCCCCACUUUGUGUGGUGGCCGACUUUUUCUUUGGGUGGUCGGCGGCGGUCUCACAUGAGUUUGGAAUCUUCCAUGUCAUCUUUAGUGGAUCUGGUGGGUUUGGAUUAGCCUGUUACUACUCUGCUUGGAUCAAUCUACCUCACCAAAAUUCUGAUUCCGGUGAGUUCGUUUUGCCGGAUUUUCAAGAAGCCGGUAAACUGCAGGUGACCCAGUUAACUCCAAGCCUUGUUAAGGCCACCGACGAUGACCCUUUGUCGAAAUUCCAAAUAAAGAACCUUACAGCAUGGGCUAAUGCCGAUGGGUUUUUGUUUAACACAAUUGAAGAGCUCGACAAAGUCGGCUUAUCGUACUUCAGAAGAAAAUUUCGUCGACCAGUGUGGGCAAUUGGGCCAAUUAACCUACCUUUAAAUGGUCGACCUCGGGCCGGGAAAAGUGGUGGAAUCGAUACAGAAUCAUGCCUGCACUUUCUGAACUCAAAGCCACCAUCCUCUGUUUUAUACAUUUCUUUCGGAUCACAAAACACCAUCAGUGCAUCGCAGAUGAUGCAACUCGCCAAAGCAUUAGAUAAAAGCAAGAAAAGCUUCAUUUGGGUGGUCCGACCGCCGCUGGAAUUCAACAUAAACGCCGAUUUCAGAGCAGAGGAGUGGCUGCCAGAAAACUUCAAGAACCAGAUGGAGAACGAAAACAGAGGAGUUAUCAUAGAAAAAUGGGCAGCCCAGGUGGAGAUCCUGUCACAUAAAUCUGUAGGAGGGUUUAUGAGCCACUGUGGGUGGAACUCGGUGAUGGAAUCGCUCAGCCGUGGAGUUCCGAUACUGGGGUGGCCGUUGGCGGCGGAGCAGUUCUAUAAUGCGAAGAUGAUGGUGGAGAUUGCAGAGGUAUGUGUGGAGGUGGCUAGAGGGACUGAUUUUGAGGUGAGGAGUGAGGAUCUAAGGGAGAAGAUAGAGGAAGUGAUGAGUGAAACUGGAAAUGGGAAGGAGAUGAGGAAGAAAGCAUUUGAAAUAAAGAAGAUUAUUGAAGAAGCAACAAGCGAUGAAGAAGGUUUCAAAGGGUCUUCUGUGGCAGCCAUGGAAGACUUCCUUCAAGCUCCAUUGUUGAUCAAGAACCUCGCCACCAAUUUACCAGAUAAUUACUAGUAAAUUUUAUGGCAAGUGUCUUUGGUUGUUAAGCAUACAAGUGCAUUCACAAGAAAACAGUAUAAUAUAAAACUUUGUUUUUUCA